CCCCACUCUCGUGCUCUGCGCGGGAACGAAAUCGAUACUCUCCCUCCUCCCUCCCUUUCUCUCGCUCUCUACAAUUUGAUUUCGCAGCCAUUUAAGGAGCCGCGCUCUUCGUCCUUCCGGAGUCGCUUCAACACCUCACGCCGCCACCCUCACGCCGCCGCCGCCGCCGCCGCCGCCGCCGGUUCUUCAGUUGCAGAGCUAGUCAUGGAUACAUCGAAUCCAGCAGUUUUUGUGAAUGCUGAGUUGCUUGGUAGGUAUGUUGGACGGAAGGUUCGGGCAGUAAUUCAGGUUAUUCGAAAUGACGGUUCAGCAGUAAUUGGAAAAUCUACUGAUGAGAAGCAGAUAAUUGUAAAGGGCUUGCCGCCCUCCCAACUCACAACUUUUGUUGAGGUUAUUGGGAUUGCUGAAGGUCAAAAUUCCAUCUCUGCUGAUAAGUGGACCAACUUUGGCGAUAAUUUCGACACUUUUACUUACAACAAACUUUGUCAACUUGCAAAUGGCGAAUACCAGCACCUAUUUCUUUGAGGUGCUAUGAGAUCCCCCGCAGGUGAAGCUCAAAGGUUUCUGCCAUAUCAUGCAUGCUUGGAGGGAUAAAAGCAUGAAUGAUGAGGCUGCUUUAUCUGUUGUGACCUCUUUAUUGUAGAAAGCUUUAGGUACUGUUAAGUCAUGUGGUAUGAUGUCCCCUUAGUCGAUCGCAAACAUAUUUUACCUUCUCUUGAUGCCAGGGUUUAAUUUCUAUUAGAGAUAGCUAUGUUUUGGAUUCAUCAGAAGUGCAAUUGACAUGUUCUUGAGCUCAUCUUUGUUGAAGAUGGAUGAGGUAGGAAGAAGUAACAUUCCCUUGGAUUUGCAUUUUUGCCCACAUACGUUUGUGGAUAAUCCUAUUACUUGGCUGCAUUAAUGGUUGAUGAUUUAGGCAGUA